AAGUGAUCACUUUUACAGUGGUAAUUGUUUUUACAUGUUAGCAUUUCACUGCAGUAAUUCCUCCUUAAAUGUUUUCUUUUUCUUUUCUUUCUUUUCUUUUUAUUUGUCUGAAGAUCUUGUUCCUUAUUUUGUUUUAUUUAUUUUUUUUUUUAAAAUUCUCUUCUGUCGCCCUGCAAAAAGGAUAUGGAAGAACACCUUUCCAUAAAGCCCGGCAUGGUCUUUUGUUCUCUUUGUCCUGAAAACCAGUGUGAGUGGGUAUUGUUGGUUAUUAUUAAUUAUUUUUUUUUCUCAACUACCCUCUACUUCUCAGAACGUUGCUAUAAUAGGCAAGUUGAUGUCAAUCAUGCCUCCUUGUAGAUUAAAAAUACUUCUUUCACAACCUACAUACAUGUAUGUAUGUUUCGUCGACAACUGAACUGUAAUUAGCAUGCUGAUGGUAUUACCAUUGAGAUAACCCACAUAAGGCAUUGUUGAUUCUAGGUUUAUUCCAAAUCCUCUGCCAUUUGUUUCAUUCUUUUAUUCUUUCAUUCUUUCUCCCCCCUUUU